AGUACAGCCUGUUGAUGGCUUUAUAAACAGUAGCAGGCUGAAAAAAAGUAGAGAUUCUUGGCUGCACUCUAUGGACACCUGCCAGCCUCCAAUUUAUCAUACGAGUAAACAUGUGAAGAUCCAGCAAGAAACUGAGCAAAUGUUUCCCAAGUUGCUGCUGCCACCUUCUUGGCUUUCUGAAGUGCAGAAAAGACAUGGAGAGCAAUCCAAAACUCAGCAGGUGAACAAAACCUGCAAAAGAAAUAGGAAAUACGAACAGCAUCUUCACUAUUUGCACCAUAUGUAUUGCUUUUCUCUUCUUAACAUGGCAUUGUCCAAGAGGCUCCUGGAACAAAAUGGACAGUUUACAGAUGUCAGAACAGAGCAAAGUGUCCAUGAUCUGAUGAAUUAUUUGUAUCCAAAUUGUCAAGAACAUUCUGGAACAAAUCAUAAUAAAAGGUUAAUAGAAGAUACCGCAGCUCCAUCUUUAGUAGGUGGAAACGUGCAGAAAAGGCAUCAUAAAGACUCAAAAAUAUUCAGAAUUUUAGAAGAAAAUAAAAAGAUGCUGAAACAACAGAAAGAUAAAAACGUUGAAAGAGCUGAAACUCGGAAAUGCAACACUGCUGCCUUUUCCCAACAUGAAAUUAUUAGUAUGCCUUUGACUCUGGAAGAUGUUGCUGUCCACAACCCAGUGGUGGAAGCCAAGCCACUAAGCACCUAUUGGACAAACUAUGUUAACAAAAGACUCCAUGAUCAACAGUGAAAAAUAUUAAUUACAAGUGGGAUCUUAUGGAAAUAUUUCAUGGAUGAUUGUUAUUAGGGUCAUCUCCAAAAGGGGUGUGGGUGUGUGUGGGUGUGUGUGGGUGUGUGUUGAGAAGUCCUUCCAUUUCAUGUUAUUUUCCCCUGCCAUCCCUAUCUUUAAUUAAAAAUUGAGAAUAAUCUUUUAAAGAUAGUUAUACGCUUUUUCAACUCAUAGAGUUGGGAGUUUUGGUGUAGGUUUUUUUUUUGCUUUGUUAAAAUAUUGAAUAUUGCAAUGCACUUUAUUGUUGUACAUUUCUUUUCUCUCUCUCUCCCUGCCUUUAACUGUGGACAGUUUCAUUACUCCAUGUAAGUUUUUUUAAUUCCUUUAAAAAAAGCCACCUAUGCAUCCUUUUCAUGGUGUUGCUCAAAUCUUUUUAAUAAACCUCUU